AUUGCCGCUCUAUAAAUAGGAGGCCGCCUCCUGACCCGUACGGUUUUUUUGGCUCUUCUUCCUUGCGCGGCGUCCCCGAUUCGAAGCGUGCCAAGAGAGCGAAGCAGCGCGGAGAGAUGGCCCGUACCAAGCAAACCGCUCGCAAGUCCACGGGAGGAAAGGCUCCCAGGAAGCAGCUUGCAACCAAGGCUGCACGUAAGUCAGCCCCCACCACUGGAGGAGUGAAGAAGCCCCACCGCUACCGCCCUGGAACUGUUGCCCUCCGUGAGAUCCGCAAGUACCAGAAGAGCACUGAGCUGUUGAUCAGGAAGCUGCCCUUCCAGAGGCUUGUUAGGGAAAUCGCACAGGACUUCAAGACUGAUCUGCGUUUCCAGAGCCAUGCAGUGCUUGCCCUCCAGGAGGCUGCUGAGGCAUACCUUGUUGGUCUGUUUGAGGACACCAACCUGUGCGCCAUCCAUGCUAAGCGUGUGACCAUCAUGCCUAAGGACAUUCAGCUCGCCAGGAGGAUCCGUGGCGAGAGGGCUUAAUCCCCUCAAUGGCCGUGACAAAUGAAGUGUCAUGUCGUAGUAGUCGUUUAAUCUGGUGGCUUGUUAAGGACAUCUGAGUAGGGUUUAUUUUGUGGAAUAUGUGUUUCUGUUGAACACUAUAUGAUGGUACCUUUGAAUUGUCGACCGCUGUCUAGUGACUGCUGGUGCUGCAUUGACAGUAUGUGACGUUCGUGUGCGUUGUUGCUGCAGACUAGCAGUGUCGUCUUGUUUGCACUGCUUGAUUGUGCUUCCUUUCUGCUGAUCUGUUAAAUGUGAAGUAUUCUGUUGCUGUGCGUCUA